AUGGAGCCUCUUCCCCCGAACACGUCAUCGCUCUGCAGCCUCCCUCGGUCGCUGAUUCUCUUCCUACAGAGCGCGCCGCCAACCAUUGUGCUGAGUGCCUUCCAGGCUGACUGCGAGAGUCGGGGUGUGCCCUGGUGCAGCGCCGAGGCACAGAUGUUCGCUGUGGAAUGGUUUGUGCGGCACCCCGUCGUGAAGAAGUACCCGCCGCGUCGUCGAAUGGUGCGAGGCCUGUUCAAGGCGUACAUAAACGCCGUCGAGGAGCACUGUGUUGGUGACUACGCGCUGUCCUCCGCGUCGAGCGAGGACCCAGUGCAGACGGAGUUGAUUGAGGAGUUUAUUCGGGUAAGCGUCAUCGGGGAGGCUAGUGGGCAGGACCUUUGCUUCAAGACAUUCUACAACCCGUUUGGUAGUGCGCCAGACACCCCUGUCAUCACGAGCGCGUCUGUCGCCCCGACACCGCCUUCUGGCCCGUUGAUGUCGCCGUCUGCGAUUCGGACGCCGCCGCAGGUGCACCCCGUUUCCCCCGGCUCAUCACUGCGUGCAUCGCUGUCGCCUGAGAUGCACACGGGCAGCUCUCAGCGCUCUCUGAGCGCCCACAGCGAACCCACACACACCCUUUCCCCCCAUGGCCUGCCGCCGUGCAUUGUGGUCAACGACGGCUCGAAGGAGCUUCUGCCCAUGGCGUCCGUACGCUCUCCACCCACAUCGCCGUCGCAGCGGUCGCCGAGGCACCACCAGCAUCAGCAGCAGCAUCCGAAGGUACCGUUGUCGUCACAUCCACCAGCACCAACGCCAGCCUCUGCUGCUGCUGCUGCUGCGCUGCCGCUUGACCAGUUCAGCAGCAUCCGUGUCUCCAGUGAGCAGUUCUCCAACGUGGGCCUCUCGCUCUGGCCAGCCGCCUUUGUCAUGGUUCAGCUGCUUGCGCAGGAGCUGAAAGGACAGACGCACAUGCUGGCGGACGUUCUCGGCCUCCCGCGCGCGACGAGCAGUACGGCGAGCAGCAGUACGUCCCCGGCGCGACUGCUGGCGGCAUCAAACGGACUGCACCCGCACACCACGCCGACUCCACUGUCACUAGGCCCUAUGGUCAACUGUAGCCUGCGCAGCAGCAACGACGGCAAUGCCGGCAGCAGCAGUGUUACAAAGCUGUACAGCAGUCAGUUGCGCAUCCUGGAGCUUGGCGCGGGGGUCGGCCUCACGCCGGUGUACCUGCACCACAUGAAGGAGUACCAGCAGCACGUCGCGUCCUUCCUCGCCACGGACUACCAGGAGUCUAUCGUUGACAACAUGCGUUUCAACAUGGCCGAAAACGGCAUUCGUCUUGUCUCCGACUCGCAGGCCGCCAAGUGCGGGCUGGAGAGGGGUCCGACGCCGCCGCUUCAUCGCGCGGCGCUGCUCGACUGGCUGAAUCACGACGAUAACGAGAAGAUGUUCAUGGAGGACGAGGUGGACGUGACCCUCGUGGCCGACUGUGUCUACGACACCGACGUCAUUCCUGCACUGGUCGACACAAUCCACCUGGCCCUCACGGCGCGCAGCACGGCGCCUUACACGUCGGGCACCCUGAGAAAAAAGCCUUGCUGCAUCGUUGUGCAGACGCACCGGCAGGACACCACCAUGCAGAAGUUCUUCUCCUCUGUGCGCACGUUCGGGCAAGUGCGCAGCUACACCCUUGUCCGCCAAGUGGUCGGGUCGUUGCGCAUCAGCGAAGACCACAGCGGCGACGACGGCGGCUGUGUUCCACUCGGUAGCUGGGACCGGCAGGCGCAGUUACUGGACCCCGACCAGGUUGUCUGCGCGCUGAUGCCGGAUGUCAUCCUCGAGGACGGGUCUAUGCGCUCUGCUAGCCGUCAGUGGCACAGCAACGGUGCGAAUGGGACGGCCGCGGCGGCGGAGGCGCUACUCGCGGAUGGGAUGAUCGGGCCUUUCUACACCUCGAUGGUAGGGCUGAUUGGUGUGCAUGUGAUUACCUUGCAGGCAGCCAAAGUGGCUGGGUAG